AUGUCUGGUGGCCCCGUCCCUGUGUGGAAAAAAUAUACAUCCCGUCCUACUGGUAUCUGGGAGAAAAUCAGACAAGCGCUUGUUCUUGUUCCCAACCGUUCAUCGGGUAAUCCCCUUGUUCAAUACUUCAGAGCUAUUCCUCCAGGAUCUAGAAUUAAACAAGCAAACGAAUACAAGGAUCCUGUGACCUUGCCUACCGGUGACAUUAAAGGAAACCCUUACUAUAAGCGCGACUACCGUCGCAACUAUCCACAAGUGCAUGGUUUCGACCAGACUAAAGUUUCUGGUUUGUUAAAGGUGGGAUCUGCUGAGAAGCCACGUAUUCUGAUUGGUGACAAAGGUACGAACGAGUUGGCUGCCUUCGGCGCAGGACAACGUGUUGGAUUGGCGUCCACUUUGGCGCUGGUAGAUGUGGGUGUUCUUAAGGGUGAAGUUUUGGGUGCACAAGGUGAGCCUGUGGUUGCACCAUCGAUGCACAAGUUCAUGUGGAAGAUUUUGGAGGAGCCUCAGCAUGGUAUGUACACCGAUGAGUAUCCAUGUCGUACGUUCACUAGUGAGAGGGUCUAG